AACGACACAUGACUCAUAGCUCUCAAGGUUGAAGGUCGGAGAAACAGAACCUGACCACAGCUAAACAGAGAGCGGAGGAUACCGACAUAGCGUUGCUUUAAAGCUUUAAACAUUGGUUGUAAAUAUUUGUAACAUUUAAAAUGCCUAGAGGAAGUCGCAGCCGAACUUCGAGGAUGGCUCCUCCAAGCUAUUCCUCCCGUCCGGCCCCGCCUCCACCGGUGGCCAGAGCAGCACCUCCACCGGUGGCCAGAGCAGCACCUCCACCAGCUCCUGCACCUGCCCCUGCGUCUGCUGUGACUGCCCCUGCUGCAGCUGCCCCCAGACAGCCAGGUCUGUUUGCCCAGAUGGCCAGCACUGCAGCAGGCGUCGCAGUCGGCUCUGCUGUGGGACACACCAUCGGCCACGCCAUGACGGGCGGCUUCAGCGGUGGCGGAAGCUCCGAGGCUGCCAGGCCUGAUGUCACCUAUCAGGAGCCUUAUCAGCCUCAGUACCAGCAGCAGCCCAUGUAUCAGCAGGAGCCAGUGCAGCAGAAUCCCUGUUCAUAUGAGCUGAAACAGUUCCUCGAAUGUGCGCAGACGCAGAGCGACCUCAAACUGUGUGAAGGAUUCAGCGAGGUGCUCAAACAGUGCAGAUUCUCCAAUGGUUUGCCCUGAGACUGGAAUGGAGACAUCGACAAGGACGCUUAUUCUUAAUGUACAAACAUACAUAACAAAGAGAACUUUAGAAAUGCAUAGUAGAAGUUGUAUGCAUUUCUUAGGGUGAAGCACUGUAUGAUUGUUCAAGACUUAAUGUUUGAUUUAUAUAUAUAUAUAUAUAUAUUGGGUAACUUGCUAUGAAUGUCAGAAUUGCAUAGUGUACGUAGUUUCAGAAGAUCACCGAACAUGUGACUGAACAAAAACACAAUAAACCCUAAAACCAC